AUGGGCACCGACGUGUGGGACGUGCCCUUCGACCACAUAACGUGGCUCCUUCUCAUCUUCUGGGUCAACAUGGGCCUGUACGCCGUGACGCGGGGGCUCAUCCGCGCCUCCAUCAUCUUCUUCUACCUGCGCAUCUUCCCGCGCACCUCAAACUACACGACCUACCGCCUGGUCCACUGGACAAACGUCCUCAACGCCGUGCACAUCACGAGCUUCACCCUCGCCGUAAUACUGCAGUGUCAGCCCACGCGCUUCUUCUGGUACCAGUGGGACAAGCAAGGGCCCGUGCAGGGGAAGUGCGGCAACGCGAACGCGCUGGCGUGGGCGGCGGCCGCGGCUGGGAUUGCGCUGGACCUGUGGCUCAUUGCGCUGCCUUGGCCUGCGAUCUGGAAGCUUAACCUGAGCUGGAGGAGGAAGAUGUUUGCGGGGAUCAUGCUGACUGUUGGUCUUGCGUUCUUCAUCAUCAGCCUUGUGAGGCUCAAGACGAUCAACAAUUUCACAACAACCAUAAACCCUAGCAGGGACUUUGUCGAAGUAGGCAUCUGGUCCGGGAUCGAGAUCGACAUAGGCGUAGUCUGCACCUGCCUGCCAUCCAUCCGCAUCCUGAUCGUCCGCUACGCGCCGCGCUGCAUGGGCAUGGGCAGCAGCGCAGACGAGUCGGGCCACCCGAGCAGGCCGUCGGCGCAGGGCGAGCGCAGGCAGAGGAGGCUCCGGAAGCGCAGCUACGCCAACUUCGACGUCGAGGGCGGGGACGGCGGCGGCGGCAGCAGCGGGCGCAGCGGGCGCAGCGGGAAGUCGACGCUCACUGCCGUUGCGUCGACGCCCGCGGGGAGCACGUUCAUGGAGGGCAAGAAGAGCCCCUGGGACCAGAGCGAGUUCCGGCUUGCCACGUUUAAGAGGCAUAGCACCGAGAUGGUGGAUGAUGUUAUGGUGGCGUCUAAGGACUGA